UGGCUGCUUCGUGGAAGGCGGUGUCACGUGGAACCUCUUAGCCUCAGCAUCCGGAGCUCCAGGAAGGGAGUAUUUCAAGUCAGAUAGAAUUAGACAUACAUCGUUUCUUUGAGACCUUCAGCCCUCAAGAUCCGGCCACCUCGAGAUCCUAACAUCAUGACCUCAGUUUCAACACAAGUGUUCUUAGUCCUCAUUUCACUCCUUUUGGUGCUGCCUCUGGUUGAAGCAGUAGAAACCGGAGAUGCAGUUGCUCUCUUGAUAGGUGUGGUUCUCAGUGUUACAGGCAUUUGUGCUUGUUUGGGGGUGUAUGCACGAAAGAGAAAUGGACAGAUGUGACUUUGAAGAGCCUCCUGAGUCAAACCUUGCCCUGAAAAGCUUUGUGCUAUUGAGGUUAAAAACGGAGCUUUGGUGUCUGGAAGUUCCCAAGAAACAGUAAAUAGGGUAGUUUCACAUUCUUAGUUAACUGUUUCCCUGUAAAUGGGAACAAAUGGAUAUAUGUUAGAUGGAAAAAAAUGUUUUUUUCCCCACAACAAAUAAUGCCCCGAAAAAUGCAGUCUAUAAUUUGUAUUUGCUACUUAGAAAGAGGAUCAAAGAAGUAAGAUGGCUGAAGUUUGCUUAAGUAAUAUUUCAUAGUUUCAGAAUUCUCAGAGCACAGGAAAUAGGAAGAAGGAAUUUCUCGCCCAGAAUCGUAGGAAAUCGCCACUGUUUAGUUGUGAUCCCUGCCUUCUGCAUCGUUUUGGAGUCUUUUCUCCAUAGUUUUAUUAGAUUUUUGUUUUGUUAUCUUCCAAGUUAAUACUGUACUUAGAUAUCAACUACAGUCAAAAAUUAAAACUUUUAUUUCUUUGGGGGGGGUUAGAAAAAUGUAUUCAAUGUAUCUAACAUUGAAAUGGAGAAAAGAUUUAAUGUAAAAAAAUACUUUAUAUUGACAUUGAAAUGGGGAAGCCAUUUAAUGUUAAAAAAAAAAAAAAAAACUUUAUAUUAACUGAGUAACAUCCCCAUGGUGAGAAGUACUAUAUUAAAUAUAAACCCAUUAUGUUGUAAGUUAAUGUGUGAUGUCCAUUUUUGUUUAUUUCAAGCCAUUUUAUCUUUGUGUAGACUGUUUUAUCUUUGUGUAGUUGUAUAAGCUAAGUGGAGAAGGGCAGAAUGCCUUACCUUAACUGAUCACACUAGCUUGUAGAGACACAAUCAGUGAAAAAUGAGAAAUGGGCAGCUUCAAGAUAGGAGAGGCCCCUGGUAGAAAAUCCACAAAUAUAGAAGAAAAAUGUAAUGGCCUGUACUGAUUUAUACAGCAGCCAGAUGAGACAUACCCUCUCUGACCUUGCUACUUCAAAUGCCCUCAAACCAGCAGUACCACCUGGGAACUUGUUAGAAAUGCAGGAUCUCAGGCCCUAUCCAGACCAGUUGGAUCAGAAUCUGCAUUUGUUUCAAGAGCCCAGUGUCAUUUGUAUACACAUUCAAGUUUAAGAAGACUACUGGAACUUGUUUGAGCCCAAGAAUCACCUGGAGCACUUGAUAAAACUUGUACAUUCCCAGGUGUCUGUCCUGGUUGUGUUGUAAUUGUAGGUUGGGGCCUGGAAUUCUGUGUUUAACAAGGGCCCCCAGUGAUUUGGUUCUAUAGAUGCAGCCAGCAUAGAAUAGUCUGAGUAAGUCAAACUACUUUAGGGUCUUAUUGGAAGCAGAUAGUCAAGUUUUUUUCCUAAAAAUAAUGCAUUAUCCGAUCUCUAGCUCUUCGGAUGACAUUGGGAGCCUUAAUUUUGAUUUUGGUCAGCAAACAGGCAGGAGCAACCUAAAAUCCUGUUUACAGUGCGUUUCCCCAGAUGUGAGCUGCCCUGGCUUGCAUGAGCCAUGUGGCGGAGGGUACAGGGAGUGAGGGACAGCCACGCUAUCAAGACGUUAGAGAAACUGAAUGCAUCUGAUUUUGUCAUCGCUGUUUUGUUUUUUAACCAGAGAAAGCACUGACACGUUUUGUUCGGAUAAAUUGAUAGACGUGUGAGUAGUAGAACGUGAUUUUACAUGCCUUUUU